AAUUGCCUGUUUUUGGGAUUUUGUUUGACGUCAGUCGUCUGAAUUGUGUUCCAACUCGUUUUUGAUUCAAAAGCCGGGUUUUGGAUUGUUGCCGAGCUCAGUCUCGAAACACACUUUCCUCAUCGUUACUAAGGCAAAAAACCCCUCUCCCAAUUCUAGCACAUGUCUGCAGCGAGCACAAGUGAGGACUGCAGUGGAACAACGACAGCAAGCGCAACAGGAGCAACACGAACAAUGGGAGCGAGCAGUUCGACCGAGUCAAGCUCACUCCUCCCAAGCAACCCGCCUCAGAUCGCAAGCGCGGUCGACACAACACGACGCGCAUGCGUGUUUUGUGAUAUUGCACGGGGCGAGCUGCCGCAUGCAGACAACCCGGCUGCCACUGUGGACGCGGGAUCAAUGAAGCAGCGCGCCGGGCUCGCAGACCUCAACCGGAUUGUCUACCGCGAUGACACGGUGGCAGUCUUCCAUGACAGGCAUCCCAAGGCAUCGCUGCACCUGCUGGUCGUGCCCGUGGCGCACGUCAGGAACACGGACUCGCUCAGGCAAUCUGCCGCUCACUACGCGCUCGUCCAACGCAUGCUCGAGCAAGGCCAACGCUGCGUUGAAGACCAAGUCCGCAAGACAAUCACAGCACAAGUCGCUCGGCAUCGAGCGCAAGCGUCUGGUGGCACGGGCGAAGCGCUCAGCAUCGAUGUUGACAGCCAAGUCGCCGAAUGUGUUCGGCAGGCCCGCUAUGGCUUCCAUGUCCCGCCAUUCACUAGUGUCAGUCAUCUCCAUCUUCACUGCCUCGUGCCCCCAUUCCGCAAUGGAAUAUUCUGUGGGCUGGGCUCGCUUGAAGUCAAGUACCGCGAUGAUUUGCCGUGGUUUGAGGCCGUCGCGACCACCCUCGCGCGACUGCAACCACCCAAUACUGCCGUCCCUGUGGUGCCAUCUCAAUUGUAGCGCGCAUCUAAUUGGAUCUUAUUAUAUUCGUGUGAUGAUGUUUCAAGUUAAUACAUGUCAAUACCCGCACUCUCGAUUGUGAUUCUGAAGCGAUCGUCGUCAACAAAGCUCGGCGC